AUGUCAAUACGUCAACUUGAAGUCAUACCUGAGUUGACGCCGUCGAUGGAAGAGGAGGCUCGGGGCCUUGUGCGGGAUUUAGGUGUUCUGCACACCCCAGACGAGGAGAUGUCUGAUCCGAGCUUGGACCGAGAUUGGGUAUCUGAUCGACGAUCACCUCCGCCGAGGGCAUCACCGCUACCAUUUGCAUCACCUCCGUCGAGAGUAUGGUCCCUGCCAUUGGCAUCACCUCCGUCGAGGGCAUCACCUCCGCCGGGGCCAUCGCCGUCGCCAUCGGCAUCACCUCUAUCUAGACACCUCCCCCGUGUGUCUUCGGGGCACAGUGAUGAUUUGUAUGCCCGUUUGACUGGAUUUAUAGCGGAGGAGUCUUCCGUUGUUGACUUUAAGGAUACAGUAGCGGUGCUUAGAGGAGAUUUAGACGGCAGACGAUGGGGGGACAGAGGGGAUGGCAGAGAUCAUGAUCGAGAGGGUGGCAGAGAUGGGGGUGGCCUCGACGGGAGGGGCGGAGGAGGCGGCGACGAAGGGGGUGGCCUCGAUGGGAGGGACGGAGGAGGAGGCCCCGAUGGGAGGGACGGAGGAGGUGGCCCUGGAGGUCGAGAGGACGCUCGGCGUGAUUGA